CUUUUGACCACACUGCCUCCCGAACUUAUGAAGAAUCUGGUGAGCCAUCUAGACAAUCGCUCAAUUAAGAGUCUUCGCUUGACCUGUAGACUUUUUAGCACCAUCAGGCUGCGCAUCAGUCGAGUCUUUCUCUCCGCCAAUCCACUAAAUAUUCAAGUAUUCCGCUCUAUUGCAGAUCAUGAUGUGUAUCGUCAGGGCAUUACGGAGAUCAUUUAUGACGAUGCACGCUUUUGCCGCUCCUUUGCUGAUCAUUGGAAUGAGUUAAAUCCCGAGAGCCGGUGGCUUAUAGAGACGCCAUCAGAUAAGGAUUGGUUUCACACUGAACGAGAUGAACACAUUUCCGAGGCACAGCAAGCACAUGCAGAGUUAUCCAUUGCAGAAUCAUGGAUAUAUUACCAAGAUCUCCUGCGUCAGCAGGAUGAAGUACUUGCCACUGGAGCUGAUGUUGAGGCUCUUCGAUAUGGCUUGCGACGAUUUCCUGCGCUGCGGAGAGUCACUGUUACACCUGCUGCUCAUGGGUGGUUAUUCACCCCUCUCUACGAGACCCCGAUGAUCCGGGCCUUUCCCUAUGGAUUCAAUUAUCCAAUUCCUCGGGGCUGGCCAACUCGACGUGCCGGUGAAGGUAAUACAUUUUCCGUGCCAUGGAGGGAUUCAAAAGCGAAAUGGCGUGGCUAUUGUAUAGUCACCGAGGCUUUGGCUCAAGAGCAGCAGCACCACCGCGUCUCUGAAUUUCUCAUCGACGCCCACUAUCUUCAUACCGGCCUUAACUGCAGACUCUUUGAGCAGCGAUUCCAGGAGUAUCUAAAUUUUCUAUCCGUUCUUCAGCAGCCUAACUUGAAGAAGUUGCAAUUAUCCCUUAAUGUGGAUGGACAGCAACAUUUAGAUUGGCCAGCUUUUCGGAGCAGCCUUUUGCGCAACGCCCUAGCAGAAGCUUCACAACUGGGGCAUUUCAGCAUGGAGACAAACUGGGAUGAGAAUUACUACGAAGCGGAGGCUCUGCCGCCCGUGCUGCGAACAUUUCUCCCUCUUGAUUGUUGGACAGGACUGCGGCACUUUCGGCUGUGGAACUUUCCAGUGGAUCGUGCUGAUUUAGUAGCAGCGCUCUCACAGCUUACUGGGCUGCGAUCUCUUGAGCUGGGGGUUUUAACCAUAUAUUCUGGCUCUGAUCUUGAGUUACUCAAUGAUAUGCGCGACUCGCUGCGUUGGCAUGAGUGGCUCACGCCGCCCAAAGUCGAUUAUGCUGUACCUAUCCCUGGUAGUUACAUUCAAGGACGCGCAAUUUGGCUUCACGAAGCUGUUGAAAACUUCUUAUAUCACGAUGGCGGGAAUCCCUUUGAUACCGAGACCGGUGAAGUAGGCCCUGGAGUGGGAAUUAUUAGAGACGCAUAUGAUCCAGCGUAUGAG